AUGGCGGACGAGUUUCACGAUGCUGAAGAUAGUUUUGAAUUUGAACCGACGCUGAUGAAUGUGUUGACACAGGAGAGUUUGAAGUGGAUUUUUGUUGGAGGAAAAGGUGGAGUCGGGAAGACUUCUACUUCCUGCUCGUUGGCAGUUCUGAUGUCUCAUGUCCGAGAAAAAGUGUUGCUGAUCUCAACAGAUCCAGCUCACAAUAUUUCUGAUUCUUUCGACCAGAAAUUUUCAAAGGUUCCGACAAAAGUCAACGGGUUCGAUAACUUAUUCGCGAUGGAGAUCGAUCCAAAUGUAGGAGUCGAGGGACUGCCCGAAGAAAUGGUCGCUGACAAUUUUGGUGGUAUGAAAAAGAUGAUGCAGGACUUUGCCCAAACCUUGCCAGGCGUUGACGAAGCAGUCAGUUUUUCUGAGGUUAUGAAGCUCAUUACAGACAUGCAGUACAGUUGUGUCAUCUUUGACACAGCCCCGACGGGACAUACGCUCAGAUUGUUGAAUUUCCCUGGAACGGUUGAGAAUGGAAUCGGCAAGAUUUUGGGGAUGUUUGAUGGCUCCUCAAAUAGCGGAUUUGGGCCCAUUUUAAAUAUGGCCAAGUCAAUGCUGAACUUGGACUUGAACUCAGAUUUUAUCACCGAAAAGCUCGGGGACAUUCUUCCUACGGUUCGAAAAAUGAAAGAAGAAUUCUCAAAUCCGGACUUGAGUACUUUCAUAUGCGUGUGUAUCGCUGAAUUCCUCUCUCUGUACGAAACCGAGCGCCUUAUCCAGGAACUGGCAAAUAUUGGUAUUGAUUCGAGAAAUAUCGUCGUGAAUAGACUUGUGCCAACAAUGAACGCCCACAAUUGCCAAACUUGCAAAGCACAAACCAGUUUACAGAAAAAGUACUUGGAUCAAAUUGAGGAUCUUUACUGCGAUUUUCACAUAACGAAAGUGCCUCUCUUCGACACAGAGGUUCGCGGACAGAGCCGACUGUACGACUACUGUGACAAACUGGCGCCAGGAGUCGCCAAGAAAAAAGAAAACUGA